UCCUUCCUAACUGGUGACGGGUUAUCCAUGUCCCAUUAGGGCUUGGUUGCAAAUCUUUGGAUUUUUGGAGAUCAUAUAGUGGCGCAACAAACAUGACGGACCGACCCGACGCAUAUCAUUCCAUGAUUCCAUUCUCACUUAGCUCCGCUACAGCCUCAUUGCGCGAUAAACAAUGGCAUUCAUUCACAUGCACCAACAUAUCGUCGAAAGAAUAUCCCCAUUCCAUUGGACUAAUCGAACCUCUACUACUACCGCCUCACUCCAUCCCAUUUAAUACACCCACAAAUUGCCUCAACGGAAAAUAAAGCCGCACCUCAUCGACCUCAUACAUGUCCACCUUCAACUUCUCACUCCACACCUUUCAGCCUCAUCAUAACUCCGCCUCUUCGAAUCCGGCACGCUCGACCUUCCCCCCCU